AGCGUAUAUAGUAUAUCGAAGUUUCAAUAAGUAACAAUUCGUGGAGUACUUCUGUCAUCGAAGCAUGUCCAAACCCUUCCCGUGGCUGCGGGUGACUCAGCUGACGCUGGGGUGGCUGCCAGUGGCCAUAGCAUUCAAUGCGGUUGGGUUGAGCUGGGGACGCGUGCAAGGCAAGUCGAUGCAGCCUACGUUGAACCGCGAUUACGCCACGACCACCAAGGGGGACACAGUGCUUCUCGACAAGUUCUCCGUCCAAAUGCUCCAUCGCCUCGUACGUGGUGAUGUCGUGGUGCUCAAAUCUCCCACGGACCCUGGUGAACUCCUCACGAAGCGUUUGAUUGCACUGGAAGGCGAUUGGGUCGAAGGUCGCAACGGGAAGCGCGUUGUGGUGCCGCCAGGCAAGUGCUGGGUCGAAGGAGACAACGAAGACGUGAGCGAAGACAGCAACGAGUUCGGCAGUGUGCCCAUGGCCCUCAUCGAAGCCCGCGUUGUGGCCAUCUUGUGGCCGCCGUCGCACGUGGCGAAGAUUCCAAACGCGUUGCCGCCGAAUCGAGUGCUGUAACCUUUCCAUAUUCCCAUAUAGACUUCCGAGAAUGACAUUUUUAUACAAGACCACCGUGGUUAUCGCCAUAGCUCCACGAAUAUGUCUGACGUACAGUAUUCAGUACCACUGGGUUACCUUGCUACCAAAUAUUUGCAAAUACGCCCAAUGAAUUAUAUAUAAUAAUAGUAUCAUUG